CAUUAUUAUGUUUCGUGCAAAGUCUCCAGUAUCAGUUCGCAGUUUGCCAGUUUCCUGUCGACCCUUAAUGUGAUUAGUUUACCUGCCACGUACUUACUUAAGAUAGUGAUUGUUCGAAUUCACGUUUUCUGCAGCCAAUUUCAUAAAUUAGUUUCGCCGAUAGUUGGAAAUAAAAGAUAUACAGACAGGCAAUGAUGAGUCGCUGGGCAAAUAAAACCGCAAUCGUUAUCGGCGCUGGAUCCGAUCUUGGCCAAGCAAUUACAUUCGCUCUUUUGAAAAAUGGAAUACACGUGUAUUACGCUAUAGUUUCGAAGGAAGAACAAGAAAAAAUUAAAGCGGAAUACGAAAAGAUGGAUAAAAAAGAUACACUUACGGGUAAAUUAUUAGAACCUAAACAUGAUGACCUAAACAUAAAGGAUAUCGAAGAAAUAUUCGAGAUGGAUGUAAAUAUUUUGAUCAAUAAUAUCGAUGCUGAUGUUGAUUUUCAUUUUUCGAUACAUCUUAAAUUUAUGAAUGAAGUGAUAAACUCUAUGCGCAGGCGACAAGUAGAAGGGCACAUUUUCAAUAUCAACAGUAUUCACGGUCAUUUCCUUCCGACACUUCCUAAUUCAUAUUUGAAUGAAAGAGAUGUAUUUCUUUUUAAUGAGUGGGUCGUUUCUAAGCAUACAAGUGUCACUUUAACUCAUAUGAUACGACGUCAAGUAGUGGACGUUAAACCUCCUAUUCGAGUUACGAGCAUUAGUCCAAGUUGUCUGAAAAUGAAUAUAACGGAUAUAACUUUGAAUGAGUCUAAUAAUGAAUUAAGUUUAAUGCCAGAGGAUGUAGCAGAUGCGAUCAUUUAUGCUCUUAGACUAAAACCAACAGUUCAGAUUACGGAGCUUAUUAUUCAAUCUGCCGGAAUGCAUCCAUGAAAAAUAUUUUUUGCAAUAUGUCCACCUCUCUUAGCAUUUCACAUAAUAUAGUAUAAAGAGAUUUUUAUUUAAAAUAAGAUUCUAUAGAGAUUUUUAUUUAAAAUAAGAUUCUAUUUGUAUUGCUUUGUAUUUCUUUGCAUGAAUAUAAAAUUUUGUAUGUAAUGUGGGUGCG